UAGUAGAUACCACAUUUUAAUUUUAUCGAUAUGAGUUCUACAAGAUUACGUAAAUGUAAAAUAAUACGCAAGUGGAAAAAAGGAUGUAUAAAAAAAUCUAAGGAUACAAGUUACAUUUCAAUACGUGCCUUCAACAAAAAGGAUAAUAAGGCAUACUAUCAGCUUCAUAAUGAUGAUGCCAAAAAUACGACGAUUGACUUUGGUAAUUAUUAUUGCCUGGCUGAAAUAUCAAUGUAUCUGCCAGCAUGUAAAAGACCAAAAAUUGCUUUAGUUUGCAAGAAAUGGAAAAAAGGAUGUGUAAAAAAAUCUAAGUUUACAAAUCAAAAUUCACCACGUGCCUUCAACAAAAAGAAUAAUAAGACAUACUAUCAGCAUUAUGAUGAUGACGCCAAAAAUACGGCGAUUGACUUUGUUAAUGAUGAUUGCCUGGCUGAAAUAUUCACGUAUCUGUCAGUAUGUGAAAGACCAAAAAUUGCUUUAGUUUGCAAGAAAUGGAAACAGGCUUUUGAUCAUUCUUGGCAGAGUGUAAAAAAACUUGAAUUAACUCAUUGGGAAUAUAAUGAGUGUCCAAGUUAUUUAAAAAAAUAUACAGAACUUUAUGGACAAGUACGGUUUUUGAAAUUGCUGCUUGACAAGUGUGGUCGUUAUUUAACAGAAUUAGAUUUGUCAGCCCAUGGUUAUGAUUGCAUAGUGCCAAUUAUUAAUAAAUCUUGUCCAAACCUCGUAAAACUUCGUUUAAGAUUUAAGAAGGUAUUAUUUGGAGAAUCUCUAAUUAAUGCAUUUUCACGUCUAUCUAAAUUAAAAGUAUUAAAAAUUAUAUUUCAACAUGUUGAUAAUAAUAUAUAUUUCUCUGAUACAUUAGUUAAUACAUUGAGAAGCGUUGCUGGUACAUUAACUGAACUGACUCUGUCAAAUUGGAAUGAAGAACAUUUAUAUAAACGCUUGAGAAUUCCAGAAUCAUUUAUUCAUAUUCUUCCUGAAUUAACGGCCUUGAAAUCAAUUGAAACUGUUGGCAUAUUUAUUGAUAUUGAUUUAUUCGUGCAUCUGGAAAAUUUGGGAAUAUUAGUCAUCAGUCACGAUUAUAAUCAGUGGCUUCACAACAAUACUCGCAACAAUAUUAGCAAUACAAUUCUGUAUAAAAAUAUAACAAUGCUGAAUUUAAAGAAUUACCAAGCUACAGAUGAUUGUUUAUAUACUAUAGCCAAUUGCCUGGAGAAUUUAAGUGCGAUUACGACAUUAUGUGAACGGGUAACCGAUGCUGGUAUAGUAACUAUUUCAAAGAUGAGUAAUUUAACAUAUCUUUAUCUUUGUGGCCCUAGUUACGUCACCGAUUCUUCAAUUAAAUUACUUAAAAAUUUAAAAUGUUUACAUUUACCAUGCAGCAAUAAAAUUACUGAAAUUUCAAUCACGAAAAUUUUUGAAAAUUCACCAGAGAUAGAAACGUUUUACUUUUUAAAAACACCUGUUAGUUCUGAAUUUUUAAAUAGAGCAGCAAAAAUAGCAACAAAUCGAAAAAUAUUGUUGCAGUUGGGUCUUUUAUAUACACCUGGUAUAAAACAAUAUGAAUCGAAAUAUUUACGCUUAGUUCUAUUCAAUUUAUUAAAAGAAAGGGUGUAUUGGUGGUUAAACUUUAAGGAUAUAUGAAAAUUAAUUUUAAAAUUAAAAAAAAAAAAUUAU